AAAGACAGCUGAGCACAUGUGGAUGGUGACCGGUGAAAAGCAUUACUCUGGUCAAAUUAACGACCAAGUGGUUGUGUACGAACGUAAUGUGGACGCUAAUGACAAGAUAGCGCUCAACGACGUUACUUUUGAGUCAGCUUGACAACUCUUAACACUCCCUUCACUAGUGCAGUGGCGGUUCUGCCAGCAUGGCGGGGAAGGGGCGUGGGGUGGCUGCGUUCACCUUCAACAUUGACGCACUGGGCAUAGGCAGAGGCAACAUGCCAGAAGCCAGGGUGGGGCCCAGUCCACUCUUUCCUCCCGCUGACUUCAAGCCAGUCCCGCUGAAAGUCGGCGAGGACAUGGACUACAUGCUGGCUCUCAAACAGGAGAUGCGGGGAACCAUGCAGCGGAUGCCUCGCAACAUCAAGUUUCACACCAAUAAGGCAGAUGUGGAGAAAUACACAGAGAGAUACUUGAAGCAGAAACAGAUAGCUGACGAUGAAUGGACACCAGACUGGAACGUCUUUCCAAAAGAAUUGAUGCCUCAAAAGAAAACGGGCGUGAAAGCAGGCCCAAAGAAGAAAAAAGUGAAGAUAACCGGCAAAGAUGCAGAAGAAGUCUUGAACAAAUUAGAUGAGCUGGAAAAGAAAGGUGACGGUGACAAAUCAGAUGAGGACAAACCAAAGAACAAAGAAAAUGAGGGAGAUGAUGAUGAAGAGGAGGAGAUAGAAGAGGAGGAAUAUGAAGAGGAGGAAGUUGAAGACAACGACUACAUCGAGAGCUACUUUGACAACGGUGAAGACUUUGCUGCAGGCAGUGAUGACAACAUGGACGGCGAAGCAACAUACUAACUUCUACCUCAACUUUACUAUUAAAUUAUGAAUUAUGACACCAAAAAAUGCAUCAUGUAAAUAAGACAAGCCAAAGUGUAAGCACGCUAUCAACAUUUGAAAA